AUGGGGAAGUUGCUUCAUGAGAGGUCCCAAGAACUCUGCAGGCAAGAUGCACCGGCUUCCAAUGCCAAGAAGGGGUUCAAAAGAAUCCAAAUUUGGGGCAUGUUAAUCUUCAUUCUGCUCCUCUCUCUUACCUUGACAAUUCUGGGAGUCUUCUAUUUUUGGAAACCUGCUCCUAAAAAGAUUUAUGAAUUGGAGCAUGCGUUUCUCAGCAACAUGGAAAAACAGAAGAUAUUGCUGAAGAUAGAUCCCUUUGCCUGGACAGAGACCUUUCAGACUGGAAAGGGUAGUGAGGAAGUCCUUGAAAUACAUGAUUUUAAGAACGGUAUAACUGGCCUCUUUUUCAUGGAUGAUCCCAAAUGCUUUAUCCAAAACCAGAUUAAAGGGAUACCAGAAACAUCUCAUAUGGAAAUGGAGGAGCCCGAGGCUGAGGAAAGGGCAGCCACCUAUUUUGAGCAAUCUGUGCUCUGGGUUCCAGGAGAAAAACCAAUUGAAAAUAAAGAUUUUCUGAAGGAUUCCAAGAUGUCUGACCUCUGCAAAAACGUUACAGCAUACUGGAUCCAUCCAACCCUGCUGAGAGAUCCCGACACUCUCGACUUGGAAAAAGGAAAUGAGGACUCGAUUGCUAUGGAUGAGCAAAACCAAGUGGAUGGUCGGCAGGAAAGCCGGUCCUUGAGCAAGGAAGGACGCCCAGGCAUCAAACGCCAUGCUCGGCAGCUCACCGAAGAAGACCUCCCGGUGAAUGACUAUACCGAGAACGGCCUCGAGUUCCAUCCCCUUUGGGAUGAGAGAGGAUACUGCUGUGCCCGCUGCCGUCGUGCCCACCGAUACUGUCGCAGAAUAUGUGAGCCGCUACUCGGGUACUACCCCUACCCCUACUGCUAUCAAGGAGGGCGGGUGAUCUGCCGUAUAAUCAUGCCUUGCAACUGGUGGAUAGCACGGAUGUUAGGGCGAGUUUAAAGACGCUAA